GCGCUUAUCGCCUAUGAGAAGUCCAAACUGAAGCAGGAGCGUGUUGGGAUUGGGUUGUAGCACGCUUACCACGUGACGUGGAGGAGGGGCAGAGUACGGUGUUGGCCUCAGGCUGAUCGCCGCUGUUGGGCCUUGACAGAGGCGGCGGCUAGACGGACGUAGGUGAGUUGAAAAGGCUGAGAUUCGGUUAUGGAGGACGACGGGGGUCGAAGACUGUGAACAAGAACCAUGGCUUCCGAGUUAGAGAAUCUAAAUCCAAGUGCCAGAAUAAUGACGUUCCAUCCGACUGUGGAAGAGUUCAAAAACUUCAGCCGUUACAUUGCAUACAUAGAAUCCCAAGGAGCGCACAGAGCUGGACUGGCAAAGGUUGUUCCUCCUAAGGAUUGGAAACCACGUGCAUGCUAUGAUGAUAUUGAUGAGCUGAUCAUCCCUGCCCCCAUUCAGCAAGUGGUCACUGGCCAGUCAGGCCUUUUCACACAGUAUAACAUCCAGAAGAAAGCCAUGACAGUUCGGGAGUUCAGAAGGAUAGCCAAUAGUGAUAAGUACUGCACACCUCGCUAUACCGAGUUUGAAGACCUUGAACGCAAGUACUGGAAGAACCUCACGUUCAAUCCUCCAAUCUAUGGUGCUGAUGUUAACGGCACACUCUAUGAUAAGCAUAUAGAUGAAUGGAAUAUUGGCCACCUGAAUACAAUUUUGGAUAUAGUAGAGAAUGAGAGUGGCAUUACCAUUGAGGGGGUGAAUACUCCUUAUCUCUAUUUUGGUAUGUGGAAAACCUCCUUUGCUUGGCACACUGAGGACAUGGACCUGUACAGCAUCAACUAUCUGCACUUUGGGGAGCCCAAGUCAUGGUAUUCUAUUCCCCCAGAACAUGGGAAACGGCUGGAACGUCUUGCCAAAGGGUUUUUUCCUGGAAGUGCCCAGAGUUGUGAAGCUUUCCUCCGGCAUAAGAUGACCCUUAUCUCCCCAUCAAUAUUGAAGAAAUAUGGCAUCCCAUUUGAUAAGGUCACCCAAGAGGCCGGUGAAUUCAUGAUAACCUUUCCUUAUGGAUAUCAUGCUGGCUUCAAUCAUGGCUUCAACUGUGCUGAAUCUACUAAUUUUGCCACUCUCCGGUGGAUUGAGUAUGGAAAACAAUCUAUUCUAUGUUCAUGCCGAAAGGACAUGGUCAAAAUUUCCAUGGAUGUUUUUGUGAGGAAGUAUCAGCCAGAUCGCUACAAGCUCUGGAAGGCAGGGAAAGAUGUGACCAUCAUUGACCAUACUCUUCCGACACCAGAGGCAGCUGAAUUCUUCAAAGGAGAGCUCCUCCAGAAAGUUGGGAAGCAGUGUUCUGAGGAAACUGAACCAGAAGAAGAAUGUAAAGCAGAUAUAGACACAGAUGAGAAGAGGAAUGUGCCCAAGCACCGCAUUGGAACCAAGCGUCACCGUGUUUGCUUGGAGGUGCCUCACGAAGUGAGCCAAAGUGAAGCCUUCCCUAAGGAAGAAUUGGUUCCAGUGCAAUUUGAGAUGGAAGUGGCAGAGCCUCCUGUUGGACCUGCUAGAGAGCCUGUGCAGCAAGGUGACCAAGGACUGGCACCUUCAGAAUAUGCAGAUUUCUCAGAAGUAAAGUUUGAAGAACUAAAAAAUGUGAAAUUAGAUGAAGAGGAAGAGGAGCCUGAAGCAGCUGUUUUGGAUCUUUCUGUUCCCCAUUCCAUGACUUCCACCUUGUCCCAGUCUGCUCUGAAGCGGAGUCCAGUCUCCAGUCUUCAUUCUGGCUCUCCAUUGUGUUCUGGUUCUUCAGAUUCCGAACCCAUUGACCUCCCCAGGCAGGCUUUUGAGCAAGCUGAGGUGCUGACUGUACACAGCUAUGCUAAAGAAGAAGCAAAUGUCAUGGACAAUGGGCAGCCCUCUGGGAAGAAAGUCAGUGCUACAGCAAGCAUGAAUGAACAAGAACUUGCAAAAAUGGCAAAGGAGUACAUAAGAUCAGUGAAAGAUCGUAAGAAGUCAAAAGGGCGUCGGCAGCCUUUGAGCAAACUCCCACGUCAUCACCCACUGUUGGUGAAAGAUGGCCUCAGUGAUGAUGAAUUGUCAGAGCAGCUGGCACCAGAAGAAGAAAUGGAAGAAACAGAACCAUGGGCAAAGCCUCUCAGUCAGUUAUGGCAAAAUCGCCCUCCAAACUUUGAGGCAGAAAAGGAGUAUAAUAUGGCUAUGGCUCAGCAGCCCCCCUAUUGUGCAGUCUGCAUGCUAUUCCAGACCUACCAGGCAGAUUGUGGAGGCCAGAGCUCUCAGGCAGCUCUAGAUGCUGCUGAUGGAAAGAUGAGAACAAAACCCCUGAUUCCUGAGAUGUGCUUUACUACCACUGGCUGCAGCACAGAUGUCAGUCUUUCCACACCUUAUUUAGAGGAAGAUGGCACCAGCCUUCUGAUAACCUGCAAGCGUUGUCGGGUCCGCGUGCAUGCUAGUUGUUAUGGAGUAGCACCUGAGAAGGCAUCUGAGGACUGGAAAUGUUCCCGAUGUAAAGCUAAUGCUUUAGAGGAGGAUUGUUGUCUGUGCUCACUUCGAGGAGGUGCACUUCAAAAAGCCAAUGAUAACAAGUGGGUCCAUGUUAUGUGUGCCGUGGCAGUUCUGGAGGCCAAGUUUGUGAACAUUGCAGAUCGCAGUCCAGUAGAUGUCAGCAAAAUACCUCUGCAGCGCUUCCGGCUGAAAUGUGUUUUCUGCAAAAAACGGCGGAAGAGAAUUGCUGGCUGCUGUGUGCAAUGCUCUCAUGGCCGAUGCCCUACAUCCUUCCACGUCAGCUGUGCCCAGGCAGCUGGAGUUAUGAUGCAGCCAGAUGACUGGCCUUUUGUGGUCUUCAUCACCUGUUUCAGACAUAAGAUCCCAUCUCAGGCAGAGCGAGCCAAGGCUGCACUGCAGGAUCUGGCUGUGGGGCAGGCAGUGAUCAGCAAGCACAAAAAUGGACGUUUCUAUCAGUGCGAAGUGGUCAAUCUGACCAAGGAAACUUUUUAUGAGGUCAACUUUGAUGAUGGUUCCUUCAGUGAUAACCUGUACCCAGAAGACAUUGUGAGUCGAGAUUGUCUCCAACUGGGUCCCCCAUCUGAAGGGGACACUGUUCAAGUGAGAUGGACAGAUGGUCAGGUCUAUGGAGCCACAUUUGUGGCCUCACAUGUCAUCCAGAUGUACCAGGUUGAGUUUGAAGAUGGAUCCCAAUUGAUGGCAAAGAGGGAUGAUGUGUAUACACUUGAUGAAGAGCUUCCCAAGAGGGUCAAAUCAAGGCUGUCUGUUGCCUCUGACAUGCGUUUCACAGAGAUCUUCACAGAGAAGGAGGUCAAGCAGGAGAGAAAAAGACAGAGGGUGAUCAACUCACGCUACCGUGAGGAUUAUAUUGAGCCUGCACUGUACCGGGCCAUUAUGGAGUAACAGCUGGCAACAAGAUUGCAGUGCCCACAUCCUAGGUGGAUCGUAGCACUCCAGCACAGCAGAGGCCAAACAGACUGUCUUCACAUCCAGUUAUUUUUUAAAAAAUGAAACAAGUUUAGUCUACAGCAGCUGAAAAGUGGCCACUGAAUCAUGAAAUACUCUGCUUUGCUGCCCUAAAUGUGGCAGACUCUAAGCCUGGAGUUGGGGAGCACUUCUCUGACUUUCUAAACCAGUUGGGCCAGAAGGUCUUUGGCAGCAAGUUUCUUCAUAUAGUGUGAACUGUCAAGAGUCAGAUCUUCUCAAUGCCAUCCCAAGAAGCAACCCAGGCAGCUGCAGUGCUUUGAAUGAACCCCCACUUUUCUCCUGGAUAAAAUGUCUGGGAGCAUUUCCCAGUUCAUCAUGCCUGCACAAAGCUGGCAACGUUACUGGUGCUUGACAGUGAAUUCCCUUUUUAUAUUUAUAACCCUGUUUUUGUCAUGAGCAGCUUCAGAUAUGUGUUUUUCAACAUUAUCUCUGAGGCAGAGCCAAGUGGGCUGAAGAGAGGAGAAUGAAACUCAUGAGCCCCCUUUAAUCCCAACUUCUUGAACCUUUGAUUAAGCUUUUGUCCCUAUUUUGUAUUCAGAGACUUAUUUACUCAUGCGUUUAAUUGUAAUAGUAUGUGCCUAUGUAAUAGGAAACUGUUUGGAGCCAUUUAGCACCGUGCAUUCCUCAGGCAAGAGAAUCCUGGGAAGUUCCCCUCGUUAAGGCAAUAAGGACUGCAGGGAUUCCCAGCCUCUAUUCCUCUGGGAGGGCAAGAAGUCAGACCCAAAAGUAUAGCAAGGAUGCUUUGGGAAAUGAUCAGUUUUAUAUCCCUUAAAGUGGUGCUGACUUGUGGGAUGUCUGAGUACAACUAGAGUAUUCAUAAAAUCACUUGUGUUACUGGUAUUUCCAUUUGGAAGUGCUGUGCUCCCUUUGCCACAAUAUAUGCAGGUACAAGUAGCAUGAGGGCAUUUGUGUACUUAUUCCUGUGCUUUUAGGGGGAGAGUGGGAGAAGAUCAUGAUUUUGAUGGGACAGCCUUCCUACUGUACAGCCAUGGAGGCAACUUUCAAAUGUAUUCCAAAAAAGUGUAAAAUGAUUUUAUCUGGUCAUUAGUGUACACUUUUGGCUGCAGCUGUAUCACCCUGAAUGCACCCAUCACAUCUGAUCUGGGAAGAAAACGUACCUUUGUGAUCACUGGUUGCUCUAGGCCUCUAGUCUCUGCCCUCUAUUCAUUUUUUCUCUUGCUGCACAAAUAUGCUAUAUAGCAGACGUUUUGUCUCACAAUAGACCAAACCUUUGGAUAGAAUAUGCUUAUCGCUUCUACUCUGCCAUACAUUGCAAAUCUUUAUAGUAAUUCAUUGAUCCAGAUUUUGACCAAAAUGUUCUUCAAUCAAGAGACAUACAAAGUCUUAAGAUUUCUUCUGGGCAGUCCUCUUCCUUUGUAUUAGCUGCACUAUUGGGUGCAUCCUGAGACAUCCUAGAACAGGAGAAGAGAUGCAGACUUUGAUACCAGUGUUAAACUAUGCUCUUUGUUAAUGUCGAGUUAAAACUGGUCAAUAUCCCUAUGAGGGGGAUGGUGUCUUCAACAACACUGUGUAUUUGGGAAUUUUUCUAUAAUAGUGUCUGUAACUGAAGACACAUGCCUUAAAGUCAAAAUGGCAGUUGUAUGUGAGGCUAGGAGACUGACUUCUUUGCCUUUACUGCAGAAAGGUACCUCCCUAAAUGUGUCAAUUUGCCUCUGGAGGGACAUUUUGGAAUUCCUUGAAUGUCCAUAUGCUCCAUUCUUCCUAUCUUUAUCAAGUUGAUUGUGCCAUCUGACUAGUAGGGAGGCAUAUAUUUUUGGAGCUUUGGUGUUAGGCAAAAGCAACUGUGAGUGAUCUAUUAUUUCAUCUGUCAGUAUUCCUUUGAUUCCCUCAGGUAUGAUUCUCCCCUUCCCCCAAUGAGACUGUUGCUAUCAUACUAGUAUUUCCUGCAACCUGAGUCAGGGAGGAUUCUUUACUUGUACUCCACUUGACAAUAUUCAUCUGUGCAUAAUAAUGUGUAUUUGAGCCCUUUUGUUGGUCUAAUUUGAAUAUAGCUUGCUAACUUGUACACCUCAGCAUCAACCCUGAGACUAUAAAAACCAAAUCAACAAACAUAGAGGAUUCUUCACACCUCAUGUUUUUUUCCCUAAAAUGCCUUCUAAUUGAAAAUUAAAUCUAGAAAGCAUAUAUCACGAGAUAAAAAUGUCCUUAAACAACUGUAAAUGGCAACUCAGAGUCUUUCUAAAGUUUUCUGUAUCCAUCAUGUUGGGCUAAUUAUAUGAGUGUUUCUCUGAAAUUAGUUCUAUCCAUUCCAGGGUAUGAGACGAGGUGGCAUAAUGUUAGCAAGACAAAUUUAAACCUAAAUAUAUAAUGUAUUAACAAUAUGCAAUGGCUUAUACAUAGUGUAUCAGUCAGCACAUUUUAUGAGGAUCUGAAUUUAUUCUGAACCCUGUCCAGAAUUUAUUCUAAGCAUUCUUUUCCCCAUGGCACCCUCAUUUUUCUCAUUUGUAUAUUUAUGGCUUUAGUUAGGGUCAAUGAAUUGCAUUUUAUCUUGAUACAGGCUGGGAAAUAAGUCAAAUGGCAGAGCAAGCGUCUUGCCCCUCAAAGUGCUAAUUUCAUUAUUUUGUAUCUGUUGAUGCAAUAAUUGGGGAAACUCCCAUCCUCCCUAUUGUUAAUAGGCUUUUGAGGAGUUAAACUCCACCUCCUUAGCUUCUCCCCCACUUUAAAUACAGAUCUCUGUAUUAGGAGCGGACUGGAGUAUGUGAUAUGGACACAAUUUGCUUAUUACUCCAUUAUCUUACUUGUCUGCUGUUGUCCUGAUUUUGGAAUGCCAUUGUAGGAUGGAUACAAAUAGGCAGCUUUAUGUAUUGUUUUCAACCUGAUCUAGUAAUAUAAUUUCUAACUAGACAACUGAUUAAAUCUGAAACACUUUAA